AUGGUGUGUCUACCAUGCAUUUUUCUCCCAAUUAUGAUGGCCAUAUACAUGAAAUUCAUCAUGCCAUAUGUGUACCGAUUCCUGCCAGAGCGAUGGGUGAACUUCUUGGACCCAAUUCUGUAUCCAACGUGUCCUGUGAAAAUUCCGGAUAAUAAGGAGGAAACGAAGGAAGAGGGAAACGAAAAAUCGUGUUGCGCAACGACGGAAACCACGGAGGAAACCAAAAAAGAUCAAUAA